CGCCGGCGGGGGUAGGUGCAUGGUGACGAUUUCAUCGGAGAAGGGUGGGCGAGCGACGUUUAGACACUUAUGAGGUGUUAUAAACAAGGGUAGCAUGCGCUCGUGAGAAAAUAUCGGUGGCGCAUAAUAAUUUGGACGAUUCUUAUUGUUUAUGUCGUUUACGUCUUCUUUUUCUCUCGCCUUCUUAUUCGGUACUAUCUGGAUUAAAAGUAAAUCUGAUAACAUUGCAACGCAUAAUUGAACAUAUUGCGAUAUGUUUUACUAUUCCAUAUCGCUUUCUUUCGCUUUAUCCCUCACUUGCUUGCGAUAUUUUUUAUUUAGAAAAAAAAGUAUAUGAAAUAAAAGAAUACGAAAUAUGGAAUUUACUAAACUCUUUUUAUUGUCGGAUUUUCAUGAUUUAGCGUCGACACAUCGGCUCUUGAAAUUUUUUUAAGUAAACGCUUUAUUUUUUAGUCUAGCGCCGGUAUUUCGGCCGCUCUUACAUAUAAAGAAUGUGCUUAGUGUAAAAAUGAAUGCACCAUUGUUAUCGUCAGACCUGGCUCGAAACUGCCUUCACAUGUUACUGACCCACUCAACAAUAAUUACUAUUGGAUCAACGGUUGACCACAUAUCGUUUCAAAGGAUUUUUAAUCGCUAUAAAAAAAGGUUUUUGCGUUUUUUUACGUUUAGAUAAAUCCUACGCUUCCCAGCUCAUGGCCUGUCGAUUUUUUUUAGUAGUUUGCUAAGACGUACACUUGUAUCCAGCAGAAGGCGUGAGUGGUGAAAUAUUAAAUAUUAUUUUAUUUUUUUCCGUGAAUUUAUGCGGGCGAGGUAUCGGUGCGUCUCGAUCAUACCGCGCCAGCGAAAAUAUAGAUAUUCCCUCAUCGACGCCGAGAAAUAUAAUACUAAGAGAGCCUAAUAUUAUUGCGCGGGCCUGUAGGCCAACAGGUAAUUUAGUAAUAGCGAUUGCUAGUUAAUAUAUAAAUACCUGUAACAAAUUUUUAAAAAUAAUUAUAGUUUUCUUUAGCCCCGGUUCCCACAGUCAGAUAUUCGCAUUUGCGGAUUUAUAAAUAUUGAAGAUACGAUGUGAACGCGGUUGCUCCGCAAAGUCGAUCGAUAUCACAACGAUGACUUGCUUGAUGAUCGCAGUCCAUUGGCAAGUACGGGACCGCGGGCGUUCUUGAUCUGAGGCGGCUUUUUGACAUGCCACCCUUAUUCGGAGAUGAUUAUGAAGAUUGUUGGCCUUAACGAAAAAUGUUUAUAUCAAUUUAUAAAUAUUUAUAAUCAAUUUAUAUCAUAUUUAUAAAAAUAUAAAAAAUGUAGUAAAAGAAAUAUAUACAUAUUUGCAAAAAUUAUUCUUAAUUAUUCUAUGCCUUUACUCACACUCAACGUAACAACGCCCGUACCAUCCAUCGCUCUCAUCCCUCCCGUAGGCUCUCACUCGCAUUCGUCGUUCCUACUCAUCGCACUCUCUCACUCGCACACAUUGUUCUUACCCAUCGCAUGCUCUCGCUCCCACACAUCGCGUACAUAUUCUCAUGCGCUUUCGCUCCUACUCGUACGCCGCCAUCUUUACACGUUCUCAGUCUCACUCAUGCAUAACACAGAUAAACGUGUAAACUUAAAAUUACACAGAAAAAACAUGUUACAUUAACACACUUGGAUUUGCAAUAUAGUGCGACUACCAGACGGAACGCGAUGGUGCCCCAUGUAUUAGCAAAGGAUUGUCACAUAAUGUUUUUACAGAUUUGCGGCUAGGUUAUACAUAUAUGAUUACGGGUUCACUCGUUUUAAUUGAGUGAGAAAUUUUACUUUAAAAAGUUUAUAGUAUACGUAAAAUUAUAUAUAAUUUUAUAUAUAACGUUGUAUGUUAUAUAAUUUUAUACACACGUAUUAUAUGUUCGACUCGUCCCCUCCACUGGGACCGGCUGUCUUACAGUUUUCAAACUUCUACUACAUAGGGUGCGUUCAAGAAGACGCUGUUAGCGCUACCAGCAUCAGUCUAUCUUUAUUACUUAUUAAAGGUAGAACAAGGAUAGCCGUCGCUACAGAGGGGCUGAAGAAUUAAAUGUAAGGGCCAAUCGCGAAAGAAUUAGUGAGUGCUCAGUGUACGAUUGGUUCUUGUUCUUGGUUCUUCGUCCCCUCCACAACUGUGUCUCUGUGACGGAAGCCUUCGAAUCGCUACCUCGGAUACGACUCCUUCUCUCGUUUUCUUACCACCUCUUCCUCCCCUCCGCCACUAUACGCUUCUUCCCUCUCUCAACCGCUCAUUUCUCUUCUAAUAUAAUCGUUGCACGCCGCUAGAUGAUCCGCAGAUCCUUCAGGUCGCUACCUAGCUCUGGAUGUUCUUCGUUUGGACGUUGAGUGCGAAGCGAACUUUGUAUAUUAAGUGAUUCCGUGAGUGAAUUCUGAACUGAGAACUGUUGCAAGUUCAUCGAAUUCGUCCCUGCUCAAGGAAACAUCAGCCGAGGACUGCACAGCCUCCACCUCAAAGCAGAAUCAGGACGAAAUUCAAAGAACCGAUACUGACCUAGGUAAAUUUGCCUCCAUCAAUCGUUUUCAAUGUCUAACAAGUAACUUAGAUUUACACGGAGAGAAUAUUCUACUACUUUUUAGAGAAGAGAACUUUAUUAAUUUUUUAGUAUGCUAAAUAAAUUUAGUGUGGUAAAAAAACCUAGGAAACAUUUAUACAUACAUUCAACCGAUUUCUAGAAAUAACCAUACCAAAAAUCAGUAAUGUCUUUUUCUUCUGUCGCGUUGCCAUUUCGCUUAUUCCUCUUUUGUUUCUUUUCUAAAUCUAAAUAGUAUUACUCAAAAAUCAUAAAUUAAUAAAACCAUGAUUUUAAUAAAACUAUAUUUAAAACAUUUAUUUAACUAUAUAGAAACAUUUUUAAACAUAUACAUACUUCUUAUAUCCAUGUUUUUUGAAUAAAAUAACGAUUAUUUACAUUAAUUGGCAUGGUAACAGAUUAAGUUUUAAAGUUUGCGGUAUUGUUGGUUUAUAUCUCAAUUGUCAAUUGAAAUUUUUGAUAUAAAUUUAAUCUAAAAUUAGAAAAAGAUGUAUUAUUUAAUAUUUUUGUCAAAUAUAUUUUCUAAAACACGACAAAAUUGGAAUAUUAGUUACUAAAAGUUGGUAGUUCAGAUUCUCCAGUGAAACUGGACAGACAAAAGACUUUUUUUCCUCUGGUUUUAUACCUAAGACCCGACGCUUCUCCAAUAUUCUUUUGUUUCUUUGUGCAAGCAGUGAAAUUGCUUGCCCCGGAGAAGGUUGUCGAAUUUUUCGUUAAUAUUUUUCGGCUAACCGCCUUAAGCGUCUCUUACCCUUUCCAGUACGUCCACUACCUGAUCAUACAGGUAGUACUUUUCGUCGGUUAACGCAUGUUUCUCCGAGUCGGAGUUACCGCCUGAGCUUAGUAAAAAGAAAAUUUAUUGCACCUAUUCAUUACUUAUUUUAUUUCCUUUAUUUUUUUUUCUUCUUCUUGGGGAUUAAAUAAUAUUGUAUAAAAAAAUAUUUCUGUGUAAUCUUACAAAAUACUCGCUCAAUUUUAUAUAAAUUAAUUAUUUUGGUCAAAUUUACAAAUAUAGAAAAUUAAUUAUUGAGAAACGUUUCAAAUAUUAUAAAAUGCAAUUGGAUCAUAAGAUGAAAUAAAACAUGUGUUUUAAUUUUCUUAUUCGUAUUUAAGCCUUAUAUGAUAAAAGUAUGAGGAAAAUAAAGCUAGAUUAUACACAAAGAAAAUUUUAUUAUAAAAGUUACCAUGGUAAAUAAUAAAAACGGACCAAGCAAGUAAUUAUGAAAAUUUUUACUAUUUUUUUCAUUAAUUCAUCAUAGUAUUUACAAUAUAUAUGGUAAUUUAGCUACAUCGUACUAUUAAAUUUUUUCUGUGAAACGGUACAAACAAUACGUCAUAAAUCUUCGGAUAUAAUAUAUAUAUAUUUUGCUUUCAUAAAUAAAUUUUUUUCUAACAAAUAAAUAUCGAAGAAAACGUUAUAAGAUAUUUGGUUCUCAAUACUUUGACUUUUUUCUCUCAGUGUGCAACAAAUACGAUUGAUACGACGGAUAUUUCUGACACUAUCAAAUAUCGCUGCGCUGUACUUUUUCGUUUACGUAAAUACGCGUGUAAGCGCAAUACAUUAUCUUAUAGCACGCAAUAAUCGGCUAAGUGCAAAAUGAAAAUUGACGAUUUUUCAUUGUGCUUCUGUUUCAGACUAUUGAUUGACGUUUCCGGGCGUAGCCAUCCUUUUUCGAGGGCGACUCGCAGCAGCUAGAGCCUUUGCCAGCAUCCGCACGUUUUUAAUUUAAUAAAUAAUUGCGCCAAUAUGAAACUCGACGCUUAUCACACGCAUUACAGUACGAGUCACAGCAAAAGCAGUGGCGGUGGUGACGAAUUGUGUCCUAGAGCGAUGGCUUCCGUGUCGUGCGGACAACUUUUGGUGCUGAGGAAGCUGGCACUGAUGAAACUGACGGCGUGCAUGGAACGACAUUGUCCAACUCAUCGCACUGGCUGGAACUGGCAACUUCCGAAGUUUAGGAGGAAAAUUAAGUCGCCCGAUUACAACGACAAGGCAGUUUUCGGAGUGCCGCUUUUAUUAUCUCUGCAGAGAACUGGUCAAGCAUUACCAAGCUGCAUUCAGAUCGCCCUAAGAUGGCUGAGAGCUAACGCUAUAGAUCAAGUGGGCAUUUUUAGAAAGAGCGGCGUCAAAUCUAGGACACAAAAUUUGAAAGUCAUGAUGGAGACCGAGGGGGAUAAUGUUAAUUUUGACGGGCAGCAGGCAUUCGACGUCGCCGAUCUUCUGAAACAAUAUUUCAGGGAGCUGCCGGAGGCUUUGUUAACAAACAAGCUCUCAGAGAUAUUUAUCGCCAUUUUCCAACAUGUCCCGGUGGAGUUACGACCUGAUGCCGUGCAGUGCGUCUUAUUGCUGCUUCCGGACGAGAAUCGUGAAGCAUUGGAGAUCCUGCUUGACUUUCUCAAUCACGUUGCCAGCAACUCGCCCUCCAAUCAGAUGACAGCCUCGAAUCUGGCUGUGUGUCUGGCUCCGAACCUGUUUCAUUUUAAACACAGCACGGAUGUGACGAACAGCGUGUCGCCACGUAGGCGAAAGACCAUGGGCAUUCCCGAUCAGCGGGAACUGUCGGAAAACAAAGCAGCUCACGACUGUCUUUUGUUUCUGAUCAAGAUGCAUCGUGAAUUAUUUAUGGUCUCGUCGGACAUGCUGUCGCUGUGUCACUUCCGCAUUAAGUAUGUGGAAGAAAUUUCGGUCGCGAUAGACGAACUCGGCCCGGAAAUGAAACAGGAUUGGAAGGGUUACCUAUACGCCUGCACCAUAGAGUUGCUGAAGGAAGUGGGAGAAAACAGAAGUUGCGAUUGGGUCACGGUAGACAGUCCUGCCGAUAACAGCGUGGAAAUGGCGUAUAAAAAGGUCGGCGACGGGCACCCGCUUCGUCUCUGGCGAGUGUCGACUGAAGUCGAAGCUCCGCCAAACGAAGUGUUGCAUCGUGUUCUAAGAGAAAGGUACACCUGGGACCCGCAACUGUUAACGUACAGACUGGUGACCAAGUUGGACACCAAUGCGGAGGUCGUUCAAUACUCCACCGGGAACAUGAGUCCUUUGCCCGCUCGAGAUUAUUGUGUAGUAAGAUCUUGGCUUAAUCUUGCCAAAGGUGCUUGCGUCAUUGAUGAAACAUCCGUGCAUCAUCCUGACGCUCCUGUCAUGCUCGGGGGAACUCGCGGCAUCGUUUUGGCCUCGCGUUAUCACAUCGAACCAUGUGACAGCGGCAAAUCCCGCAUUAUGCAUUUAACCAGAGUCGAUAUGAGGGGUCGCACACCUGAGUGGUACAGCAGAAGCUACGGGCAUAUCGCUGCUCUCCAUCUGAGCAAAAUUUGCAAUUCCUUCAAACGUACCACUGAUGGGUAAAAGAAAGUAAGGUUUGAGAAUCGAGUACCGUGCAACAGCCAUCGUUGCACGGAUCUGCCUUUCCUUCCUCCUCUUCGUCUCACACUACAAGUAGUACUCGUCGAGCAGCAUUAUGACCAAAGGAUCCUAAAGGACGUACUACAAGUCCACCCUACCAUCGACGACGAAUAAUCGGUCAGUGCAAUCAGCAAUCAAAACCCACCGAUGUCGUCGGUAACUUUAUUCAGUAACUGUUUUUAAAUUCAACAACCUAUUUUAUUGUAUAAUAGUACAAUAGUACAAUUCUUCUCCGUAUGACGUUUGUAUACGGUCCAAGAAUCUUGCCGUCCGUUUGUCAUAAGAGUUUUGAAGAUGCGUGAUACAAAGAAUAAGAAUGAACAAGUUGCUCAGCAAUUUUAAUAAUGAAGAUGGCUUAGACGCGUCUAUCAGUAAAUUAACUAUUUUGGGAUACAAAGGACGACUCGUUAUUUUUGCAGUUUUGAUGCUGUUUUAAUGUUAUUUUGAAAAUUUAUAGAUUCUAUUGAAUCUCGACUUUGCAUUUGAACGCGAUUCUUGCAAUCGCAUCUUACUGCAGUUUUUUCUUUCUUUUUUUUUAAUAUGAUGGCAUUUUAAUGCUAAAAAUUGAAAAAUGGUCAAUAAACACUUUCAGUUGUGAGAUAGAAAAUGAACGUCAUUCGGUGUCUUCGAUAACUAUAUCUAUGUGUUUGUGAGAAUAACGACUCUCCAUGGAUUUAUUUUGUAUUGCUGCAAUUUCAUAUCUUUGAUAAAAAUAAGAGUAAAAAAAGAAUGUAGGAGCACGAUCAAAUAAGAAGUGAUAUUAACGAUAUUUUCUAAUAAGAAAUGACACUGACGAUAUUUUUCCGUAUCUUAAUCACCGAUACAACUUUCUGCAUAUAGUCAUUUUGGUUUUUACAAAUUAUGUAGAUUACAAAAUAUACACAUAUACACACAGCUGAAAUUGUUUAAAAGUUUAUUUUUAAAGGCUAAAAAUUCAUUAUUAAACUUUAUAUCAAUCAUUUUUCUAUAACGGAGACAAGAUCUCAAAAUAAACAAAUAAAUCUGUGGGACCAAGUUUUGUCGUGAUAAAGCCGCCACAGAAUAUUCUACAGAUACUUAAACUUAAUAGAAUACAGUCGUGUAUUAUAGAAGCUGUUGUUGUAAACGAAAUUGUAUCUAAGUUGACGUCGUUUGUACGUAACUGUUUGUGAUGACGAUAUAUAUUAAUCGAUUAACGUUUCCAUCAGUCGCCUAAAAAUGGGACAAAGCUUAAGAUAGGGUGCUGUCUUAAAGUACAAAUUUCACGUGAAUUUCGUAUAUUUUUUUUGGACCAAAUGCCAAUUUUUCUAGUCACAUAGCUUUAUCACGUUAAAGUAAUCGAGGAAUUUUCUUCCUCUCCUAUAAAUGUUGUCAUACGUAGACGAGCAAAUAUGUAAAUGUCGCAUACGCAUGUACAUCACGCGUGUCUAUUUAUAAUCGUGUUUGUUACAUGUAAAAAAGAAAACUACGCCAUUUCAGUGUCGAAGUUACACGAUACACUGUUGCGCCGUUUAAGUUGUUGUAAAAAAAAAUACAUAAUGAGAAUGCAGUCAACGUAAAAAUAACUUGUUAUAACUUUAGCUGUUUGAAAAAAUUGUGCCGAUUAUUUCUGUUUUCUUACAGCAUUAAAUGUGAUUUUAUUUCGUUUUUUUUAUUUAUUUAUGAUCGAAAUAAAAUAGUAGAAAUUUUCUUAUUUUUUGUGAAACUAAAAAAUUCCGCGUGCAGCGUUAUGUAAAUAAAGCAAUGCAGCUCUAGUAGUUAUUAUAGGUUUAUCGUCGAAUCAUGAUUGCGAUUGUUUAAACAAUGUGAUUUUGAGUAAAGCGUAAAUUUCCAAAUCUCGUUAAUUGUUCCAUCGUGCGAGUGCCGAACGACUUCAUUCAACGUAAGCAAUUGUCAUCGUACUCGUGUCUAUGUCAAGAGUUAAAAUGAAAAAAUGUCUGUCGCGAGGAACCAUCUCAUGGACGUAACAAAUAUAAUUGAAACGUGCAAAAGAUAAGAAAUGUAAGAAGAAAACAGUAGACUGAAAUGGUCAACAUACGCAUCAUUCAUUGCCAACGUGAGAUGUGUUGUGUCAAACGAGCAAAACUUUAUGUCGAAAUGAGACGAAUCGAAAAUAAUCAUUUGUUACGUCCAUGGUUCAGCUUUGUUUGGAUCCCAAACAGAAAGAUGACCUGCGUAAUAAGAUGCACCUCAUCGAAAUGAAAUGUACUCUAAGUGUAUUUUAAUUUAAUACUAGUCACUUAAUACUAGUCACUUAUAUUAUAGAGAAUUAUAGAUUGUGGCAAAUAGAUUUCCAUUAUACAACGUAGCGCCGAGAAUAUGUAAAAUAUUAUUAAUUACUAUUAUAUAUAUUAUAUAUCGACGUUGAGCAAUUAUACAAAUAUAUCAUAUUUUUGUGUAAAAAAAAACGCCAGUAGAAACGCGACGACCGAAAUGGAGAAAUGCAUUGUCAGCGUUUGUUCAUAUUUGUAACGAUAUAUGAACGUCUUUAAUUCUUGUAAUCCGUUCCAUUAGAAUGUAAAUAUGUAUAUUAAAUAAUAAUAAGCAAUACACAAAGUUAUAUAUUUAUUAAGCAACUUCCUAUUCUAAUGAUCCGCCUUCAUUACUUCUCUUUAUUACAGGUUGUGUGAGUAUUCUCAUUUUCUUAGUGUUUCUCAGCGGUUUAUCAAUCACUCGAAUCACUUUUAUUCAAAUUUCUUUCACAUUGAUAACCAGUUGCAUUCGCAUUGUUUAAUCAAUAAUUCGUGUUACCAUGGACGAUUCGUUCUGACGUUCAGGCUUCAGGCCUGCUUUUAUUAGAUGAAUAUACGUUGGAUGUUUAGUUCAUCGUGGUUCCUUGUGACAAUUUGUACUUGCACGAGAAGCAUUUAUUUCGACGUUCAAAUUAAAUAAAUAACCAUAUUCAUUGUCUCAAUAAAAAAUCUCAAGUUGACAAAUAUAUUAAAUUGCAAGGGUAAAUAUUCUAAUUACAUUAUCUUAAUCGAUAUCAUCUUUUCCCAAUCAUCUUUUACCAAUAAUUUUCUGGCUAAUUAAUUUUUUAUUUGCAUUUACAGAAUUAAAAAUCCUUCUCCAGGAUUAAAGUAUAGACAAUAACAAAGACGGGUCGUAACAAUUUUGUAG